AUGACGGAUAUCCUUUGUGAGACCAACGGCCCUGAGGGCUAUAAGUACCGGCCUUGUCUCAUUACCACCACCACCCCCAUUCGACUCACGGACCUUUCGACGCAAGCAUCUGCCAGUACGACUCUCACACACUCGUACCAAGACCGAUCUGAUCUACGCAGAGCAUAUCCACUUCUAUUGACUUUCAGCAUGGCAAGCCGUUUCUUCACGCUGUUCCUCGCACUCGCCUUGCUCGUCUGCCUCGCCGCCGCGACUCCGAGAGCUAUCCCGCAGGCCGUUCGGGAGAAGAGGAGGAUUCGCCUCGCCGCGCACCAACUGAAGAAAUGUGGGGCGUACUGCUCCGAUUCAUUUGACUGUUGGUAUACCAACGAGUGCGAGUACUGCUCCAACAAUAAAUGUCAGUAGAGACACUCGGGCAGUGUCGAGCUCUGGGGUGAAAGGCUUUUGUGAUCGGCAUUUGCGCCCUCAGUCGCAAGUCGACUCUAAGGCACGGAUUCUCAAUAAAAUGUUACGACGUCAAACGCAUUUGUUGGGCGAAAAGAGCAGCCAUUCUUUUCUAUCGUG